CCCGCCCCGUCUCGGUGUGUGAGCGUCUCGGUAACUCGGCGGGUCACGUGUUGUUUUGCUCUUUAGUUCAGUCACUCCGUGCGCGAUGUGUUACUUACUGCUAAACUCCUACCGACGCAGGCAGCAGCCGCUGCGGCAGCAGCAGCAGCGACGAGACGCGCAGGGGAGCGCCCGCGGCAGCGGCGGCGCCGCCGGUUCCCGAGCCGCCGAGCGGCCGCCGGCAGCGCCCGCUGCCUAGAGGCGGGAGGACCCCGCCGCCGCUCCGGGCUCCCUCCGCGGAGGAUAACCCCGUCGCGCCGCCGCUGCUCGGCCGAGACGCGGAGAGGAGCGCGGCGCCGCUGCCCGCCGCGGGGCCGGGGAUGGCGAGCCCUGCCGUGCUGGGGCUGUUGCCCCCCGUGAGCCCCCCUGCCGGCCCCAACCUCAACAACAACAACAACAACAACCAGAGCGUGCGGAAGUGCGGCUACCUGCGCAAGCAGAAGCACGGCCACAAGCGCUUCUUCGUGCUGCGCGGCCCGGGCGGCGGGGAGGAGGCGGCGGGCGCCCGGCUGGAGUACUACGAGAGCGAGAAGAAAUGGAGGAACAAGUCCGGGGCGCCGAAGCGGGUCAUCGCCCUCGACUCCUGCCUCAACAUCAACAAGCGGGCGGAUGCCAAGCACAAGUACCUGAUCGCCCUGUACACCAAGGACGAGUACUUCGCCGUGGCGGCCGAGAACGAGCAGGAGCAGGAGGGCUGGUACCGGGCUCUCACCGACCUGCUCAACGAGGGCAAGGCGGCCUGCCAGGGCUCCCCGCACCGCCACCUCUCCUCGCCCUUCUCCGCCUCCUGCAGCGCCGCCGCCGCCUCCCUGGCCGCCGGCGGCGAGGACCUCAACUACGGGCUGAUCACCCCGGCCGCCGCCGCCUACCGGGAGGUCUGGCAGGUGACGCUGAAGCCCAAGGGCUUGGGGCAGAGCAAAAACCUCACCGGCGUGCACCGGCUGUGCCUCUCAGCCCGCACCAUCGGCUUCGUGCGCCUCAACUGUGAGCUGCCCUCGGUCACGCUGCAGCUGAUGAACAUCCGCCGCUGCGGCCACUCCGACAGCUUCUUCUUCAUGGAGGUGGGGCGCUCGGCGGCCACGGGGCCCGGCGAGCUCUGGAUGCAGGCGGACGACUCCGUGGUGGCCCAGAACAUCCACGAGACCAUCCUGGAGGCCAUGAAGGCUCUGAAGGAGCUGUCCGAGUUCCGGCCCCGCAGCAAGAGCCAGUCCUCGUCCUCCUCCUCCUCCGGGGGGGCCGCCGGGCCUGGCGGCAGCGGCGCUUCUGCCACCCACCCCAUCACCGUGCCUGGCCGCCGCCACCACCACCACCACCACCUGGUCAACCUGCCCCCCAGCCAGACCGGCCUGCUCCGCCGCUCCCGCACUGACAGCCUGGCGACUGGCGCCAAGGGCACACCGUGCCGGGUGCGGACAGCCAGCGAGGGCGACGGCUGCCGGGUGGGCUCAGCAGCCGGCAGCCCCAUGAGCCCUGGCCCCGUGCGCACCCCGCUCAGCCGCUCGCACACGCUUAGCAGCGGCGGCAGGCAGGCGGGGAAACUGCUGCCGGCGCUGGCCGGGAGCGGCCUGCCGAGCAGCCGCUCCAUGUCCAUGCCCGCCUCCCACUCGCCCCCCUCCGCCACCAGCCCCAUCAGCCUCUCCUCCAGCAGCGGCCUCGGCUCUGAGCCGGCCCCCCUGCACCACCCGCAGCGCCCGUCCAGCAGCAGUGCCUCCGUCUCCGGCUCCCCCAGCGAUGCGGGCUUCAUGUCCUUUGACGAGUACGGCUCCAGCCCCGGCGGCGACCUGCGGCCCUUCUCUUCCUCCUCCACCGCCAGCAACCGCAGCAACACGCCCGAGUCGGUCGCUGAGACCCCCCCAGUGCGGGACCCUGGGGGCGGCACUGACCUUUAUGGCUACAUGGCCAUGGAGCGGCCCCUGAGCGGCCGGCUCUUUUACCGGCCCUGCCCCGAUGCUGCUGACAAGGGCCAUCGCAAGAGGACUUACUCGCUGACCACCCCGUGCCGGCAGCGGCCCGCCCCGCCGCAGGUCUCCUCUGCCUCCCUUGACGAGUACACGCUGAUGCGUGCCACCUUCGCCGGCAGCGCCGGCCGCCUCUUCCCCUCCUGCCAGGCGGGAGCUUCCCCGAAAGUCACCUACACCCCCUACCCCGAGGACUAUGGGGACAUUGAGAUCGGUUCCCACCGCAGCUCUGGCAGCAGCAGCAUCAACCUGGGGCCACCGGCGGCAGGGGGAGGAGGAGGAGGAGGAGGAGGAGAUGAUGAUGGCUACAUGCCCAUGACCCCCGGCGUGGCCGCAGCCUUAGGGCAGGGAAGCCGGGGCAGCGAUGACUACAUGCCCAUGAGCCCCACCAGCGUGUCCGCUCCCAAGCAGAUCCUGCAGCCCCGGGCCGGGGUGGUAGGUGGGUCCCCCGGGAACGGGAGCAGUUACAAGACCAGCUCACCCGGGGAGAGCUCCCCCGAUGAUAGCGGCUACAUGAGGAUGUGGUGCGGCUCCAAGCUGUCUGUGGAGAGCUCAGACGGGAGGCUGAGCAGUGGCGACUACAUCAAUAUGUCCCCCCGGGACCCCCAGCAUGGGCCCCAGGCUCCCUCCCUCACCCCCCCAGACUUCUUUUUCGCCCCUUCAGGGCACGGGGCCAGUGAGCCCACCAAGCCUGGCUGCUAUUCGUACAGCUCCUUACCCCGCUCCUACAAGAGUCAGGGCCUGGCUAAGGACAGCGACCAGUACGUGUUCAUGAACUCCCCAGGGAGGAUGAUCCCUGAGGAAGCGGUGUGCGGAGCGGGUCAGUCCCCCGCCGGCACCUUCGCUCCCUCCAGCCACACGGUGCCUUCGCCCCUGCGGCACAGCCGGACCGAGAGCUUCCUGAGCCAGCGGUGCCAGCGCGUGGUCCGGCCCAGCCGCCUCUCUUUGGAGACCUUGCGGACGCUGCUGCCCAGCAUGAACGAGCACCCCCUGCCGCCCGAACCCAAGAGCCCUGGUGAAUACAUUAAUAUCGACUUUGGGGAUGCCUCCAUCUACUCUCCACCCUCGCUGCCCGCUGACAGCCCAGUCUCCUCCCUGGGCUCGGGCACGGGGCAGAGGCGCUCUCCGCUCUCCGACUACAUGAACAUUGACUUUGGUUCGCAGUCACCCUCCCAGUCGGGCACGGUCUCAGUGGGCUCCCUGGAAGCGCUCUCACCGGGCUCUUCCUCCAGCACUAGCCAGCCCGACGGGCGCUACCUGAAGGCGUCUGUGGGGGUGGCUUGUUUGUCCAGCCCAUCCGAUGGUGGGGAUUACACGGAGAUGACCUUUGGCAUGGCCACCACCCCACCCCAGCCCAUCGUUCAGAAGCCAGAAAGUGCCCGGGUUACCAGCCCCACGGCAGGGGUGAAGAGGCUCACCCUCUCGGGGGUGGAGGCAUUCAUUCUUUCCAGCCCUCCCCCCGACCCCAACCGUGGGGCCAAGGUCAUUCGUGCAGAUCCCCAGGGGCGUCGGAGGCACAGCUCUGAGACUUUCUCCUCCACCACCACUGUGACCCCCGUGUCCCCCUCUUUUGCACACAACCCCAAAAGGCACAACUCAGCCUCAGUGGAGAAUGUGUCCCUCAGGAAAAGCGAAGGCCUGGAGGAGGAGCAGGGCAGCAGCCCCAUGUGCCGGGAGACCUCAGCCGGCUUCCAGAACGGCCUCAACUACAUCGCCAUCGACGUGGUGGAUGGGACCCUGGCAAACUGUGACAAAGCCAGGUCUAAAGCCAGACACGUCCUGAACGGUGGCAUCAACGGAGUGGAGACAAGCGCCUAUGCCAGCAUAGACUUUCUGUCCCACAACCUGAAAGAAGCAAGUGCUGUGAAAGGAAGUACAGGAAGAUGGAAAAGAUGAGAGAUCCACCGUUUGCAGAGCAAGCUUUGAACCUAAUUAAGACGAGAGGAUUGUUGAAUGAAAUGUCAAAGCUUUAAAGGAUGAACUCUUACUCUGAAUGACUUGGAGGGCUGAGGGCAGAGCAUUGUUUGUUAGUCGUUUUUAGUUUUGCUGAAGUCAGUUUCAGGAUUCGUAUGGCUUGAUUAAAAACAAUGUGAAUGCUGCAGUUAUUGGUUACAUUGCCUUAUAAAAGUCAAGCCUUGGAAUUCUGUUCCAGGACACUAACAAACUAUUCUGCACAUUUCUUUGCAAACUGAUUUUUCACAAUAAUUGAAUUUUUCUUGAGCCACCUAUAGCCCCAACUGCAAAGCAAGCCCAUGUUGGGAAAGAGCUAUUUCCACAACAUUCUCCAAACUGCUGACCCUAAGGCAAAGGGGGAAAACAGGGGGAGGGGAACCAGCUGCAGAAAAAACCUGGAGUGGAUAUGAGUGUUUUCAUCAUCCAGGCUAAAAGCAGGGGGAAUAAAAUAGUCAAUCGGCGAGAUAAGCAGGGGCAAUUGACUCCUAUCCUUCUAAUAAGGUAAACAAAGGGUAAUGCAAUAAACGUAGCAAUGUUGAUUUGGUACAUGGUGUACAGAGGAGAAGGUUUAAUUCUAUAAAAUAAGGAAGCUUAUAAAUGUAGACCACAAUCAGAGGUGUUCCGGGUAAACUCUGUGAGAUUUAAUUUCUAUGUAGGAGGCAAAGCUAUCCUCUCCACUGUUCUGUUUCCCUGAAAAAUGUGUAAGCCUAUUGCGCAUAGUUACAGCUAUUCUGCUCGGGGAUUAUUGUAGCUAAUAUCAGGGCAAGGCGGUAAGAAAAAACUUGCGCAAACAUCAGUCAGCAGUGUUCUGGGUUAUAUCUUAAAAACAGGGUUUCGUGUUAAUUGUAUUUGUGGCAGACUAACUAGAAAAUUAAUAGCAUGGAAAAGUAGAAAUAUAAAUAAUUUUAUCAGUAUAAGUAGAACCAAGUCAUUAACUUUUUCAAAUAUCCAAGUUUCUGUUUUGGUUUUCAUUAGGAUUUCACGCUGGAGUUUGUUUACAGAACUACUACUGCCACUGUUAAAAAGAUCAUUCAGUUUUGUGCCAAUGCAUUUAAAGUUCAAAAACUGUAAUUUGGGAGAUUACUAGGACUUUCACGUUUUACAAAGAAACACGUGCAAUUUAAAGAAAAAUGUAUUUUGAGCAUAAGCAAGAGUAAACUCUGUUUACUACUUUAACACCGUAGUAAUUCAGGUAAAUUUGAGAAAAUCUCAUUUAGCAAAAUUAAUUAAUAGUGUGCACAAGAGAGAGCUUUUGCCAUGUAUGCUCAGCAUUGUUUACUUAGGUGUUUGCACUUCUUUUGAAUUUUGUUUCUAACUGUAUUAUCAGAGUUACUGAGUGGGAAGCUUUACUUCUUCAAAACUAAAGAGAAGUCUGGAGCUAUUUUAAAACAAGGGAGAAUGUGCAUUUGUUUAAUAAUAGGGACAGGAAGACCUUUUUUCAGAGAUACAGGGUAUACAAGCAAGCUCCUUGCAGUGGGUUUAUCGGUAAAUUGAUAUUGCCAUGAGUGUAAAAUAUGUGUAAAAAAAAAAAAAUUUUUGAAUUCUUCCUAAAGGUCUGUAGCAAUAGAUGUAACUGUUUUCAUGUGGGUUAGCUGUUUCAAAGGAAAUUAUUUAUAUCAUUUGAAGUAAUAAGAUGUUUGGCUUUCAUGUGUAGCUUGUCUCUGCUGUCAGUAACUUCUCUCUGCUGUAGGGAAUGCUGUACUUUUGGAAUUCUCUGCCCAUACUAUCCUGUUGUGACAAGAGCAAGCUAGUACAACCAAAAUAGCUGUCAAAACAGAAAAAUUAAAAGGUUGCUUAAAAUUAUCAGUUUGUUUAGUUCUGCUGUACUCUGAAAGUGUGCAAAUAUUUAACAGUCUGAGAAGCACUUGCCUUCAUCUGAUAUGUAAAUAAAAUAAUACUGUUACUGGUCAGUUGAAACUCUUGUUACAUGCUGAUAAUUAGUUAGUCUUUGUUCUAAAAUUGACUGCUUUUUUGCUUAAAGAAGUAUGAACUGUGUAUGAUUUUUAUUAUUUAUGGACACAUUUAUGCUCAUUUUCUCAUAUAAUGUAAAUUAUUUAUUUCAAUGGAUCUGUGACAGAUUACACCUAAAAAUGAUCUGACUUUUUAUGGUGGAUCUUAGCUCUACUGAAUUCAAAUGGGAGUUUUGCCUUAAUUUCAGUGGGCUUUUACCCUUUGUACGUAAUCUUGAAAUUCUUAAGUACAAUUCCUAUUAAAUAUAGUGGUUGUUUUGCAUCAACUUUGAAAUAGGGAAUUUUGCUUAAUUGUGAAAACAUCAGACUUGGGUGCAAUAUCUUUAAUUUGUUUUUUGUUUCUACAGCUGAAAUGCUCUGUAACUUUUAAAGGUUUCUAGUAGUCUAGUAGUUCUGGUCUAGUUUUCUAAAACUGAACAAAUACUAUGUAUAAUGAUGCAAAAAACUGAGAGUUGUUUUCAUCCUAUUUAAGUUUCUCUUGUCUUGGUUUAUUUAAAGAAGACUUCAUCUGUAAUGCAUCUACUUAAGAUCAUAAUAAGGUGAUUUUUGAUAAUGAUAAUGACCCCCACCCUGUCAAUUAGCUCUUGCUUUUGUGAGGGUUCUGUGAUUGCACCUAAAAAUAAAAAGCCUAUCUUAAGAAAUCUCUUCCUGUGUCUUUCUAAUGGCAUUUUAGAUUAUUUAAAACAAAAACCCUUGUUUCCUUUUUUUUUUUUUGGAUUACUUUGCACAGUGAAUUAUAUUAUUAACAUUUUUUUUCCUUCUAAUAUGCCAACUGCCAUAAAGUUUGGAUUUGCAGAACAGAAUGAGAAUGUAUAAUUGCCUCUUUCACAAAACUUAUAUUCAUUUGUAAAUGACUUGUUAAAAGUAUUAAAGCAAUUAUAUGUUGUGUUAGAAAUCUAUGCAUCUUUUAAAGUCUUUUUUUAGAAUAAAUUAUUUGUAAAUGUGGUAUUUUCUCUCACUGAUAAGUUCUAUGGAGUGGAGUGGUUGGUAUGCAUCAAAAUUAAAAGCUGAAAGAACUGAA